UUGCUUUCUGUCCACCAUCAGUUAUGUCUGCCGACGACGCAGGAUACGAGUCGGAGUCUGGGGAGCGCAAUAACCCGACGGUUGAGAGCUGGGAGCACAACGUGCCCGUCGAAAACUUUUAUCUGACGUCAGGCCCGACUCUCCGAUGGGGUCAGCGCGCACUUAAUCGCCAGAGCCGCGCCAUCGUCCGCAUCGUCUUCAAGCGGACCAAACUCACACGGAUCGAAAUCGCGAGGAUCUUUGGCGUCGCUGCGAGACAAGUAGAAAAGGCCGUCCAUAAUUCCUAUAAGCCACCGGAUCGCGUGGAGAUGGAUUAUGAGCACGCAGGGGAGGCUUAUCUGCGGCGUUUCCCACCUGAUUCCACGGUUAAUCUGACCUGGAAGCUCCUGAAUACUGCCAACGGACCAGCGACCAGGACGCGCGUAAGCCAAGUUUCUGGGAUGCCUGCGGAGCCUCAGUCGCGGGUUCAAAGGCGAGAAAUUCAGGAUGGAGCCGAUACCGAGUCUUUGAGCUCUGCUACUGUUUCGAAUUCGAAUGUCCAGUCACCCACGCCAAGCCCUGUAGUCGACUCCUCGCCCAUUGCCUCAGGAUCUGGCAUCCCUCGCACAGCCUCACUUCCCGUCACGCGCAAGGGGACCUCCAAGACGGCCUUGAAAGCUCCCGCCCCGCCCAACCUCGUCGCGUUCCUUCGCACUGCGGGUUUGAGCGACUGCCGCCGCCGCCUCGUCGCGGCAGGGCUGGACAUGGGUCUUCUGCGUAAGAUGGCAGCAUGGGAUACGGAGGAGAGACGCCAGUCGAUGUGGGAUCUGCUCUCGGCUGAGAAGGAUGGAAUAUCGGGCUUGAAGGACGCGGCUUUGUUGCAUUUAGAUCGGGCGGUCGGGCGGACUCCUGGCUACGGGAUUCCGGCUGAGCCCCAGUGCCAUCCCGACACCCACGAAGCCAUACCACACGCUCGCAGUGCCAUGCGGCUGCCUACACACUCUCUACCUCUGCCUCUCUUAUAUCUCUUAAUCGCGCUAGCCCUGCCCCUCAUCUCCACCGUUUCCGCGCAAGCCAACCGCACGAUUGACGAUUUCGCACCGUCAGGGAUUACCUACACCCCCGCGAGCGCCGUCACACACGGAAACCUGACGGGGCUCGAUAUCACCAAGCUGUACAAUGGCACGGUGUCGAUGAUGAACGGGAGCAUGAAUGCGGAUGGGUCGGGGACCGUGAACAUGACUGUGCGGUUUACAGGAACUGCGUUUUGGAUCUUUACUGUGAAGCCGCUGAUGGACACCUCGUACGGCAAUUCAUUCAAUGUCUACGUUGAUGGUGUUCCUGCGGUCCAGUCGGCGUCGUUCGACCAAGUUCUCGAUGCCGAAUAUAACCAAGUCGCGUACAACGAUGCGGGGCUCAAGUCAGGACCUCACGAAGUGUUGUUCUCGGUAACGGAGAGCAGUGUCGUGUGGUUGGACUACUUUGUUUUCACAUCCAAUAGCGCUGUAGCGCAGGCUACGAUUCCGCCGGUACAGUCUUCGGUUCCGGCAACUUCUUCGUCAACUUCGACAAAGAGCAGCGAAACAGGCACCACUGCGACCCCAAGCAAGCCAUCGUCAUCAAGCAAAGGCUCCGCGUCUGACACCACGCACAUUCACAUUGCUAUUCCAAUCGCCGCGGCCGUCGUGGGUCUGCUGGUGAUCGGCGCAGGAUGUAGCAUCUGGUACAUCUGCCACAAGAAGCGCCAGCGGAGGGGGUCGAAUGGCAAUCCUGGAGGUGGAGAGUGGCCUUAUGGUAGACCGAAGCCUGAGGCUGAUAUCAAUGUCUACGGGCCUCCGGUGGUUUUGCCACAGACAGGGAAUGCGCGCAGCUCGCCAACACAUCCACAGUCGAGUGUCUAUCCUCAACAGCAAAGCCGAUAUCGAGAGGACCCAGGGGCACAAGAAUCGCAAGCCGCGUUGCUUCGAAUGCCGUCCACACAAUCUGUCGACGUGUCAGGGCUAUCUUCACCAAUGAGCGGCAGCAGCGGCAGCUAUCGCGAUCCGGGAUCCGCGACAUCUCCCAUCGCCUAUCUGCCCUCACAAGCAUCCGCAUACUUUCCCCCGACACCCAUAUCGCCAAGCACAUACACUUAUGAAGCCAAUGGACGAGCGACGCUUUCGUAUUCGCCCGUCGCCGGCCCGUCGUCCUCGUCUCGAGAGCCGGAAUCGUCCGCCCAGUCAUACGUCCUCGCGCAGCAGCGCGCGAUCGAAGCGGAAUACACGCCACCGCGACAGUGGAUCGUCGAUGAGAAAAAGCAGCCGGAGAGGGGUGCUGAGUCGCCGAUGGCGUUCGCGGCGAAUCCCGACAACGGGCCGCGCGCGCAUGCCGCCGUCCCACCCCCAGACCCGGCAUUGUCCACGAUCGCAGCCGAGAUGCAGGCGUUGAGGGCCCAGGUUGCCCGAUUAGAGGGGGAGAGGAGUGCGCACAGUGGGAAUACGGACGGGGAUGUACACGGGGUGCCAGAUGUCCCGCCGCCAGCGUACGAUUGA